CCGGAGCCCGAGCCGAAGGGCAAGUCGCAAAUGCUAGGUCUCUGGCCAUUGGUGGACAGGGCGCAGGCGCAUUUGCUCCGACGGGCCGGAUGUUUUGGGGGAGUGUUUUGAGCGCGGAGACCGCGUGAUGCUUGGCGCGCAUGGGCACACAGUGCUCUACCGCCGCUCGGCCCUGCUUCUUCUUCCAGAAGUGGGCGCUGUACAGUUACGCAGGGUUUGAACCGGAAGCGGGAGUAGGUACCUGCGUGGCUAACGGGGAAAAGAAGCCGUCGCCGCGGGAGGAGGCGAAAAGAGCCGGGAUCUGCGCUGCAGCCAUCGCCGUGGUUGAUACCACUUUGACCUUCCGAGUACAACGACAGUGAUGUGUAUUCUGAAAUUGUGAACCAUGAGUCUAGCACUUAAUGAUCUGCUUAUUUGCUGCCGUCAACUAGAACAUGAUAGAGCUACAGAACGAAAGAAAGAAGUUGAGAAAUUUAAGCGCCUGAUUCGAGAUCCUGAAACAAUUAUACAUCUAGAUCGGCAUUCAGAUUCCAAACAAGGAAAAUACUUGAAUUGGGAUGCUGUUUUUAGGUUUUUACAGAGGUAUAUUCAGAAAGAAACAGAAUGUCUGAGAAUAGCAAAACCAAAUGUAUCAGCCUCAACACAAGCCUCCAGGCAGAAAAAGAUGCAGGAAAUCAGUAGUUUGGUCAAAUACUUCAUCAAAUGUGCAAAUAGAAGAGCACCUAGGCUAAAAUGUCAAGAACUCUUGAAUUAUAUCAUGGAUACAGUGAAAGAUUCAUCUAGUGGUGCUGUUUACGGAGCUGAUUAUAGCAACAUACUACUCAAAGACAUUCUUUCUGUGAGAAAAUACUGGUGUGAAAUAUCUCAGCAACAGUGGUUAGAAUUGUUCUCUGUGUACUUCAGGCUUUAUCUGAAACCUUCACAAGAUGUUCAUAGAGUUUUAGUGGCUAGAAUAAUUCAUGCUGUUACCAAAGGAUGCUGUUCUCAGACUGAUGGAUUAAAUUCCAAAUUUUUGGACUUUUUUUCCAAGGCUAUUCAGUGUGCGAGACAAGAAAAGAGCUCUCCAGGUCUAAAUCAUAUCUUAGCAGCUCUUACUAUCUUCCUCAAGACUUUGGCUGUCAACUUUCGAAUUCGAGUGUGUGAAUUAGGAGAUGAAAUUCUUCCCACUUUGCUUUAUAUUUGGACUCAACAUAGACUUAAUGAUUCUUUAAAAGAAGUCAUUAUUGAAUUAUUUCAACUGCAAAUUUAUAUCCAUCAUCCAAAAGGAGCCAAAACCCAAGAAAAAGGUGCUUAUGAAUCAACAAAAUGGAAAAGUAUUUUAUACAACUUAUAUGAUCUGCUAGUGAAUGAGAUAAGUCAUAUAGGAAGUAGAGGAAAGUAUUCUUCAGGAUUUCGUAAUAUUGCCGUCAAAGAAAAUUUGAUUGAAUUGAUGGCAGAUAUUUGUCACCAGGUUUUUAAUGAAGAUACCAGAUCCUUGGAGAUUUCUCAAUCUUAUACUACUACACAAAGAGAAUCUAGUGAUUACAGUGUACCUUGUAAAAGGAAGAAAAUAGAACUAGGCUGGGAAGUAAUAAAAGAUCACCUUCAGAAGUCCCAGAAUGAUUUUGAUCUUGUCCCUUGGCUACAGAUUGCAGCCCAAUUAAUAUCAAAGUAUCCUGCAAGUUUACCUAACUGUGAGCUGUCUCCAUUACUGAUGAUACUAUCUCAACUUCUACCCCAACAGCGACAUGGGGAGCGUACACCAUAUGUGUUACGAUGCCUUACAGAAGUUGCAUUGUGUCAAGACAAGAGGUCAAACCUAGAAAGCUCACAAAAGUCAGAUUUAUUAAAACUCUGGAAUAAAAUUUGGUGUAUUACCUUUCGUGGUAUAAGUUCUGAGCAAAUACAAGCUGAAAACUUUGGCUUACUUGGAGCCAUAAUUCAGAGUAGUUUAGUUGAGGUUGACAGAGAAUUCUGGAAGUUAUUUACUGGGUCAGCCUGCAGACCUUCAUGUCCUGCAGUAUGCUGUUUGACUUUGGCACUGACCACCAGUAUAGUUCCUGGAACAGUAAAAAUGGGAAUAGAGCAAAAUAUGUGUGAAGUAAAUAGAAGCUUUUCUUUAAAGGAAUCAAUAAUGAAAUGGCUCUUAUUCUAUCAGCUAGAGGGUGACUUAGAAAAUAGUACAGAAGUGCCUCCAAUUCUUCACAGUAAUUUUCCUCAUCUUGUACUGGAGAAAAUUCUUGUGAGUCUCACUAUGAAAAACUGUAAAGCUGCAAUGAAUUUUUUCCAAAGUGUGCCAGAAUGUGACCACCACCGAAAAGAUAAAGAAGAACUUUCAUUCUCAGAAGUAGAAGAACUAUUUCUUCAGACAACUUUUGACAAGAUGGACUUUUUAACCAUCGUGAGAGAAUGUGGUAUAGAAAAGCACCAGUCCAGUAUUGGCUUCUCUGUCCACCAGAAUCUCAAGGAAUCACUGGAUCACUAUCUUCUGGGAUUGUCAGAACAGCUUCUAAAUAAUUACUCAUCUGAGAUUACAAAUUCAGAAACACUUGUCCGGUGUUCAAGUCUUUUGGUGGGUGUCCUUGGCUGCUACUGUUAUAUGGGUGUAAUAGCUGAAGAGGAAGCAUAUAAGUCAGAAUUAUUCCAGAAAGCCAAGUCUCUAAUGCAAUGUGCAGGAGAAAGUAUCACUCUGUUUAAAAAUAAGACAAAUGAGGAAUUCAGAAUUGGUUCCUUGAGAAAUAUGAUGCAUCUAUGUACACGUUGCUUGAGUAACUGUACCAAGAAGAGUCCAAAUAAGAUUGCAUCUGGCUUUUUCCUGCGAUUGUUAACAUCAAAGCUAAUGAAUGACAUUGCAGAUAUUUGUAAAAGUUUUGCAUCCUUAAUCAAAAAGCCAUUUGACCGUGGAGAAGUAGAAUCAAUGGAACAGGAUACUAAUGGAAAUCUAAUGGAGGUGGAGGAGCAGUCAUCCAUGAAUCUAUUUAAUGAUUACCCUGAUAGUAGUGUUAGUGAUGCAAAUGAACCUGGAGAGAGCCAAAGUACCGUAGGUGCCAUUAAUCCUUUAGCUGAAGAAUAUCUGUCAAAGCAAGAUCUACUCUUCUUAGACAUGCUCAAGUUCUUGUGUUUGUGUGUAACUACUGCUCAGACCAAUACUGUGUCCUUUAGGGCAGCUGAUAUUCGGAGGAAAUUGUUAAUGUUAAUUGAUUCUAGCACGCUAGACCCUACCAAAUCCCUCCACCUGCAUAUGUAUCUAAUGCUUUUAAAGGAGCUUCCUGGAGAAGAAUACCCCUUGCCAAUGGAAGAUGUUGUUGAACUUCUGAAACCACUAUCCAAUGUGUGUUCUUUGUAUCGUCGUGACCAAGAUGUUUGUAAAACUAUUUUAAACCAUGUCCUUCAUAUAGUGAAAAACCUAGGUCAAAGCAGUAUGGACUCUGAGAACACAAGGGAUGCUCAAGGACAGUUUCUUACAGUAAUUGGAGCAUUUUGGCAUCUAGCAAAGGAGAGGAAAUGUACAUUCUCUGUCAGAAUGGCCCUAGUAAACUGCCUUAAAACUUUGCUUGAGGCCGAUCCUUAUUCACAAUGGGCCAUUCUUAAUGUAAUGGGAAAAGACUUUCCUGUAAAUGAAGUAUUUACACAAUUUCUUGCUGAUAAUCAUCACCGAGUUCGCAUGUUGGCUGCAGAGUCAAUCAAUAGAUUGUUCCAGGACACGAAGAGAGAUUCUUCCAGGUUACUGAAAGCACUUCCUUUGAGGCUUCAGCAAACAGCUUUUGAAAAUGCAUACUUGAAAGCUCAGGAAGGAAUGAGAGAAAUGUCCCAUAGUGCUGAGAACCCUGAACCUUUGGAUGAAAUUUAUAAUAGAAAAUCUCUUUUACUGAUGUUGAUAGCUGUGGUUUUAUCCUGUAGCCCUAUCUGUGAAAAACAGGCUUUGUUUGCCCUAUGUAAAUCUGUGAAGGAGAAUGGAUUAGAACCUCACCUUGUGAAAAAGGUUUUAGAGAAAGUUUCUGAAACUUUUGGAUAUAGAUGUUUAGAAGACUUUAUGGCAUCUCAUUUAGAUUAUCUGGUUUUGGAAUGGCUAAAUCUUCAAGAUACUGAAUACAACUUAUCUUCUUUUCCUUUUAUUUUAUUAAACUAUACAAAUAUUGAGGAUUUCUAUAGAUCUUGUUAUAAGGUUUUGGUUCCACAUCUGGUGAUUAGAAGUCAUUUUGAUGAGGUGAAGUCCAUUGCUAAUCAGAUUCAAGAGGACUGGAAAAGUCUUCUAACAGACUGCUUUCCAAAGAUUCUUGUAAAUAUUCUUCCUUAUUUUGCCUAUGAGGGUACAGGAGACAGUGGGAUGGCACAGCAAAGAGAGACUGCUACCAAGGUCUAUGAUAUGCUUAAAAGUGAAAACUUACUGGGAAAACAGAUCGAUCAUUUAUUCAUUAGUAACUUACCAGAGAUUGUGGUGGAGUUAUUGAUGACGUUACAUGAGCCAGCAAAUUCUAGUGCCAGUCAGAGCACUGACCUCUGUGACUUUUCAGGGGAUUUGGAUCCUGCUCCUAAUCCACCUCAUUUUCCAUCGCAUGUGAUUAAAGCAACAUUUGCCUAUAUCAGCAAUUGUCAUAAAACCAAGUUAAAGAGCAUUUUAGAAAUUCUUUCCAAAAGCCCUGAUUCCUAUCAGAAAAUUCUUCUUGCCAUAUGUGAGCAAGCAGCUGAAACAAAUAAUGUUUAUAAGAAGCACAGAAUUCUUAAAAUAUACCACUUGUUUGUUAGUUUAUUACUGAAAGAUAUAAAAAGUGGCUUAGGAGGAGCUUGGGCGUUUGUUCUUCGAGAUGUUAUUUAUACUCUGAUUCACUAUAUCAACCAAAGGCCUUCUCGUAUCAUGGAUGUGUCAUUACGUAGCUUCUCCCUUUGUUGUGACUUAUUAAGUCAGGUUUGCCAGACAGCAGUGACUUACUGUAAGGAUGCUCUAGAAAACCAUCUUCAUGUUAUUGUUGGUACACUUAUACCCCUUGUGGAUGAGCAGGUGGAGGUUCAGAAACAGGUAUUGGACUUGUUGAAAUACUUAGUGAUAGAUAACAAGGAUAAUGAAAACCUCUAUCUCACGAUUAAGCUUUUAGAUCCUUUUCCUGACCAUGUUGUUUUUAAGGAUUUGCGUAUUACUCAGCAAAAAAUCAAAUACAGUAGAGGACCCUUUUCACUCUUGGAGGAAAUUAACCAUUUUCUCUCAGUAAGUGUUUAUGAUGCACUUCCAUUGACAAGACUUGAAGGACUAAAGGAUCUUCGAAGACAACUGGAACUACAUAAAGAUCAGAUGAUGGACAUUAUGAGAGCAUCUCAGGAUAAUCCACAAGAUGGGAUUAUGGUGAAGCUAGUUGUCAAUUUGUUGCAGUUAUCCAAGAUGGCAAUAAACCACACUGGUGAAAAAGAAGUGCUAGAGGCUGUUGGAAGCUGCUUGGGAGAAGUGGGUCCUAUAGAUUUCUCUACCAUAGCUAUACAACAUAGUAAAGAUGCAUCUUAUACCAAGGCCCUUAAGUUAUUUGAAGGUAAAGAACUUCAGUGGACCUUCAUAAUGCUGACCUACCUGAAUAACACACUGGUAGAAGAUUGUGUCACAGUUCGAUCAGCAGCUGUUACUUGUUUGAAAAACAUUUUAGCCACAAAGACUGGACAUAGUUUCUGGGAGAUUUAUAAGAUGACAACAGAUCCAAUGCUGGCCUAUCUACAGCCUUUUAGAACAUCGAGAAAAAAGUUUUUAGAAGUACCCAGAUUUGACAAAGAAAACCCUUUUGAAGGCCUGGAUGACAUAAAUCUGUGGAUGCCUCUAAGUGAAAAUCAUGACAUUUGGAUAAAGACACUGACUUGUGCUUUUUUGGACAGUGGAGGCACAAAAUGUGAAAUUCUUCAAUUAUUAAAGCCAAUGUGUGAAGUGAAAACUGACUUUUGUCAGAUUGUACUUCCAUACUUGAUUCAUGAUAUUUUGCUCCAAGAUACAAAUGAAUCAUGGAGAAAUCUGCUUUCUACACAUGUUCAGGGAUUUUUCACCAGCUGUCUUCGACACUUCUCACAAACGAGCCGAUCCACAACCCCUGCAAACUUGGAUUCAGAGUCAGAGCACUUUUUCCGAUGCUGUUUGGAUAAAAAAUCACAAAGAACAAUGCUUGCUGUUGUGGACUACAUGAGAAGACAAAAGAGACCUUCUUCAGGAACAAUUUUUGAUGAUGCUUUCUGGCUGGAUUUAAAUUAUCUAGAAGUUGCCAAGGUAGCUCAGUCUUGUGCUGCUCACUUUACAGCUUUACUCUAUGCAGAAAUCUAUGCAGAUAAGAAAAGCAUGGAUGAUCAAGAGAAAAGAAGUCUUGCAUUUGAAGAAGGAAGCCAAAGUACAACUAUUUCUAGCUUGAGUGAAAAAAGUAAAGAAGAAACUGGAAUAAGUUUACAGGAUCUUCUCUUAGAAAUCUACAGAAGUAUAGGAGAACCAGAUAGUUUGUAUGGCUGUGGUGGAGGGAAGAUGUUACAACCCAUUACUAGACUACGAACAUAUGAACAUGAAGCAAUGUGGGGCAAAGCCCUAGUAACAUAUGACCUUGAAACAGCAAUCUCCUCAUCAACCCGCCAGGCGGGAAUCAUUCAGGCCUUGCAGAAUUUGGGACUCUGCCAUAUUCUUUCUGUGUAUUUAAAAGGAUUAGAUUAUGAAAAUAAAGACUGGUGUCCUGAACUACAGGAACUCCAUUACCAAGCAGCAUGGAGGAAUAUGCAGUGGGACCAUUGCACCAAUGUCAGCAAAGAAAUAGAAGGAACCAGUUACCAUGAAUCAUUGUACAGUGCUCUACAAUCUCUAAGAGACAGAGAAUUCUCUGCAUUUUAUGAAAGUCUCAAAUAUGCAAGAGUAAAAGAAGUGGAAGAGUUGUGUAAGCGCAGCCUUGAGUCUGUGUAUUCGCUCUACCCCACACUCAGCAGGUUGCAGGCCAUUGGAGAGCUGGAAAGCAUUGGGGAGCUUUUCUCAAAAUCAGUCACACAUAGACAACUCUCUGAAGUAUAUAUUAAGUGGCAGAAACACUCCCAGCUUCUCAAGGACAGUGAUUUUAGUUUUCAGGAGCCUAUCAUGGCUCUACGCACAGUCAUUUUGGAGAUCCUGAUGGAAAAGGAAAUAGAGAACUCACAAAGAGAAUGUAUUAAGGAGAUUCUCACCAAACACCUUGUAGAACUCUCUAUACUGUCCAGAACUUUCAAGAACACUCAGCUCCCUGAAAGGGCAAUAUUUCAAAUUAAACAGUAUAAUCCAGUUAGCUGUGGAGUCUCUGAGUGGCAGCUGGAAGAAGCACAAGUAUUCUGGGCAAAAAAGGAGCAGAGUCUUGCCCUGAGUAUUCUCAAGCAAAUGAUCAAGAAGUUGGAUGCCAGCUGUGCAGCGAACAAUCCCAGCCUAAAACUUAUAUACACAGAAUGUCUAAGGGUUUGUGGCAACUGGUUAGCAGAAACUUGCUUAGAAAAUCCUGCGGUCAUCAUGCAGACCUAUCUAGAAAAGGCAGUAGAAGUUGCUGGAAAUUAUGAUGGAGAAAGUAAUGAUGAGCUAAGAAAUGGAAAAAUGAAGGCAUUUCUGUCAUUAGCCCGGUUUUCAGAUACGCAAUACCAAAGAAUUGAAAACUACAUGAAAUCAUCAGAAUUUGAAAACAAGCAAGCUCUCCUGAAAAGAGCCAAAGAGGAAGUAGGUCUCCUUAGGGAACAUAAAAUUCAGACAAACAGAUACACAGUAAAGGUUCAGCGAGAGCUGGAGUUGGAUGAACUUGCCCUGCGUGCACUGAAAGAGGAUCGUAAACGCUUCUUAUGUAAAGCAGUUGAAAAUUACAUCAACUGCUUAUUAAGUGGAGAAGAACAUGAUAUGUGGGUAUUCCGACUUUGUUCCCUCUGGCUUGAAAAUUCUGGAGUUUCUGAGGUCAAUGGCAUGAUGAAGAGAGAUGGAAUGAAGAUUCCAUCAUAUAAAUUUUUGCCUCUUAUGUACCAACUGGCUGCUAGAAUGGGGACCAAGAUGAUGGGAGGCCUAGGAUUUCAUGAAGUCCUCAAUAAUCUAAUCUCUAGAAUUUCAAUGGAUCACCCCCAUCAUACUUUAUUUAUUAUACUGGCCUUAGCAAAUGCAAACAGAGAUGAAUUUCUGACUAAACCAGAGGUAGCAAGAAGAAGUAGAAUAACUAAAAAUGCGCCUAAACAAAGCUCUCAGCUUGAUGAGGAUCGAACAGAAGCUGCAAACAGAAUAAUAUGUACUAUCAGAAGUAGGAGACCUCAGAUGGUCAGAAGUGUUGAGGCACUUUGUGAUGCUUAUAUUAUAUUAGCAAACUUAGAUGCCACUCAGUGGAAGACUCAGAGAAAAGGCAUAAAUAUUCCAGCAGACCAGCCAAUUACUAAACUUAAGAAUUUAGAAGAUGUUGUUGUCCCUACUAUGGAAAUUAAGGUGGACCACACAGGAGAAUAUGGAAAUCUCGUGACUAUACAGUCAUUUAAAGCAGAAUUUCGCUUAGCAGGAGGUGUAAAUUUACCAAAAAUAAUAGAUUGUGUAGGUUCUGAUGGCAAGGAGAGGAGACAGCUUGUUAAGGGCCGUGAUGACCUGAGACAAGAUGCUGUCAUGCAACAGGUCUUCCAGAUGUGUAAUACAUUACUGCAGAGAAAUACUGAAACUAGGAAGAGGAAAUUAACUAUCUGUACUUACAAGGUGGUUCCCCUCUCUCAGCGAAGUGGUGUUCUUGAAUGGUGUACAGGAACUAUCCCUAUUGGUGAAUUUCUUGUUAACAAUGAAGACGGUGCUCAUAAAAGAUACAGGCCAAAUGAUUUCAGUGCCUUUCAAUGCCAAAAGAAAAUGAUGGAGGUGCAAAAAAAGUCUUUUGAAGAUAAAUAUGAAGUCUUCAUGGAUGUUUGCCAAAAUUUUCAACCAGUUUUCCGUUACUUCUGCAUGGAAAAAUUCUUGGAUCCAGCUAUUUGGUUUGAGAAGCGAUUGGCCUAUACGCGCAGUGUAGCCACUUCUUCUAUUGUUGGUUACAUACUUGGACUUGGGGAUAGACAUGUACAGAAUAUCUUGAUAAAUGAGCAGUCGGCAGAACUUGUACAUAUAGAUUUGGGUGUUGCUUUUGAACAGGGCAAAAUCCUUCCUACUCCUGAGACAGUUCCUUUUAGACUCACCAGAGAUAUUGUGGAUGGCAUGGGCAUUACUGGUGUUGAAGGUGUCUUCAGAAGAUGCUGUGAGAAAACCAUGGAAGUGAUGAGAAACUCUCAGGAAACUCUGUUAACCAUUGUAGAGGUCCUUCUGUAUGAUCCACUCUUUGACUGGACCAUGAAUCCUUUGAAAGCUUUGUAUUUACAGCAGAGGCCAGAAGAUGAAACUGAGCUUCACCCUACUCUGAAUGCAGAUGACCAAGAAUGCAAACGAAAUCUCAGUGAUAUUGACCAGAGUUUCAACAAAGUAGCUGAACGUGUCUUAAUGAGACUACAAGAGAAACUGAAAGGAGUGGAAGAAGGCACUGUGCUCAGUGUUGGUGGACAAGUGAAUCUGCUCAUACAGCAGGCCAUGGACCCCAAAAAUCUCAGCCGACUUUUCCCAGGAUGGAAAGCUUGGGUGUGAUCUUCAGCAUAUGAUUACCCUUGCAUUCAGCCUUUAGAAAUUAUAUUUUAGCCUUUAUUUUUAACCUGCCAACAUACUUUAAGUAGGGAUUCAUAUUUAACUAAGAACUAUUGUGGGUUUUUUUUUAAUAUUGGUUUUAAUACUUGAUUUAAUCACCACUCAAAAAUGUUUUGAUGGUCUUAAGAAACAUCUCUGCUCUCACUCUUUAGAAAUAAUGGUUAUUCGGGCUGGAUACAGCAGCUCACGCCUGUAAUCCCGGCACUUCGGGAGGCUGAGGUGGGCGGAUCACAAGGUCGGGAGUUUGAGACCAGCCUGGCCAAGACACUAGCUUGGCCAGUAUGGUGAAACCUCGUCUCUACUAAAAAUACAAAAAUUAGCCAGGCAUGGUGGUGGGCACCUGUAAUCCCAGCUACUCGAAAGGCUGAGGCCGGAGAAUCUCUUGAACCUGGGAGGUGGAGGUUGCUGUGAGCCAAAAUCAUGCCAUUGCACUCUAGCCUGGGUGACAAGAGCAAAACUCCGUCUCAAGAAAAAAAAAAAAACAGAAAUGUAUUUGGAUUUUUCCUAGUAAGAUCACUGUGUUACUAAAUAAUGAAGCUGUUACGGAGAACAAAUUUCAAAGACACAGUUAGUGUAGUUACUAUUUUUUAAAGUGUGUAUUGAAACUUCUCAUUCUAUUCUCUUUAUCUUUUAAGCCCUUCUGUAUUGUCCAUAUAUGUUAUCUUUCUGUGAUACCUUCAUAUAUUGCCUUCUAGUUCAUGAAUUCUCUUGUCAGCUGUAUAUAAUCUCUUUUACCCUAUCCCUUGGGCUUCUUUCAGAAAUUGGCUUUCAUUUCUAAUUAUGCAUCAUUUUUUCAGAUCUCUGUUUCUUGAUGUCAUUUUUUAAUGUUUUCUUUUUAUGUCACUAAUUAUUUUAAAUGUCUGUACUUGAUAGUCACGCUAAUAGUUCUAUUAAAUUUAGUUCCUGCUGUUUAUAUCUGUUGAUUUUUGUAUUUGAUAGACUUUAUCCAUUUUUGUCUUUGUGAAAAUUGAGUUUAUUUUCAGCAAGGCUUUAUCUAUGGGAAUCGUGAGUCUCUGUUUAUGUCACAUUCCCGGGGCUGUUGCUGACACAGCCCAUUCUUAUUUUUAAUUUCUUGGCUUUAGGGUUUCCACACCUGAAGUGUAGUAUAACUUACUGAUAGGAGAUUUCUCCGGCCAAGGCAGACAUACUUCCUCCUCAUCUCCCUGUGCUAGUGGGCAGAAUAUUUGAUUGAUGCCUUUUUCACUGAGAGUAUAAGCUUCCAUGUGUCUCACCUUUAUGUUAGGGGUGGAAGGAGGUACAUUUAAUUCCCACUGCCUGCCUUUGGCAAGUCCUGGGUUCUUCAUUAUUUAGUAACACAGUGAUCUUACUAGGAAAAAUCCAAAUACAUUUCUGUUUUUUUUUUUCUUGAGACGGAGUUUUGCUCUUGUCACCCAGGCUAGAGUGCAAUGGCAUGAUUUUGGCUUAUAGCAACCUCCACCUCCCAGGUUCAAGAGAUUCUCCGGCCUCAGCCUUUCGAGUAGCUGGGAUUACAGGUGCCCACCACCAUGCCGGGCAAGCUGGAACACUUUCUGCAAAUGACUUAGAAAACUGCCAAGGACAAAAGAGGAGUAGUUAGAUUUUGAAAAUAUUAAUCAUAGAAUAUUUGUUGUAUGCUAAGUCACUGACACAUAUUAUAUGCAGCAUCUCUGAUCUUUGCCUUGCAAGAUUAGUGAAAUCCCAAUUUACUGCUGCAGAAAUCAAAAUUUGGAGAAAUAAGUUGUCCAAGGCAAGAAGAUAGUAAAUUAUAAGUACAAGUGUAAUAUGGACAAUAUCUAACAUGAAAAGAUUUCAGGUGAAAAGAACCUGGGGUUUGCCAGUCAGUUGCUCAAAAGGUCAAUGAAAACCAAAUAGUGAAGCUAUUAAGAGAAGCUAAUAAAUUAUAGACUGCUUGAACAGUUGUGUCCAGAUUAAGGGAGAUAAUAGCCCUCCCACCCUACUUUGUGCAGGUCAUACCUCCCCAAAGUGUCUACCUAAUCAGUAGGUUCACAAAAAACUCUUGGUCAUUAUAGUAUAUGCCUAAAAUGUAUGCACUUAGGAAUGUUAAAAAUUUAAAUAUGGUCCAAAGCAAAUAAAAGCAAAGAGGAAAAACUUUGGACAUCUUAAAGACUAGAAUAGUCUUUUAAAAAGUAGAAAGCCAGUAUGUUGAUUUGAAAUAUAGAGAUGUGUCCCAAUUUCAAGUAUUUUAAUUGCACCUUAAUGAAAUCUAUUUUCUAUAGAUUUAUUUUAGUACUAUUGAUUGUAUUACUUGACUGUUACCUGAAUCUAUUAUAAAGUGUUUUUGAAUAAAUAAUUCUAAAAGCAUA